AGAAGACAUCCCAGCUUCAGCAACAUAAACAUAAACACAAUCUAAGAUCAAAAAAUGUUUUUCUAAAAAACAAGUUUAAUCCUUGAUGUCUGGCAUUAAAUAUUUAUCAAGGAUGUGAAAGAAUGCUAGGGAAAUUAUAGCAUUACCUGCUGACAAUCCUCCUUGUGAGGACAUCCGGGGGCGAUAUGAUCGCAUCAGCAGGACUGCGUAUCCACGGUCGGCCCGGGACUAACCACUUCCACCAGUUCCGUACCCUAUCAAGCAACCACAACCAGUUGGGGACCAUAUCUACUAGCCACGGACCCCCUGGGAAGCAUGAUUAUAGGAGUGCAUUAUGCAACGCCCUGGUCUCGGUUGCUGUCAUGAUAGCUGGCAUCGUUUUCACAGUUAUGGGCUUUGUUGACAUUUUUGGUUCCGGGGUCACACUGCUGGGAAUGCUAAUGAUUGCAGUGGCUGUUCUGAUUGGUCUGUACGCCCUACGCCUCUACCUGAUAGCCGGUGGCAGGAAAGGUCAUGACCCCUCUGUUCAGGCACAGCCUGGGACAGUGGCUUCCAUGGUGAUAGAACGAGAAGAUGAGUGCGGCACCCUGACCGUUGUCAUGGAUACGACUAACAUGGAAACCACUUGUCAGGCCAGGUAUUACACCUGGUUGAGUGACUGUGACCAGUUGCCGUGCUACCAUGAGGCUACAGCAGACAUGUGUAUGGAGGAUGUGGAUUACAACACAGAAGUAUCAGGCGACGGUGGGCCUGAGUCCUCUAGCGACGUCAUCAUUAACACUGGGGAUGGGGAACUCCCGCCCCCAUAUUAUCAGGCUAUGGGACACAGAGUGAUUGAAGAAAGUACAGGUGACCUAACAAGCAUCACAAAUGGUCAAGGUCACUCUGAGGUCGAUGAUGAUUGUCAUGACAAUGAUAACAGUGAUAAUGGCAACUGUACAUGUGACAAUCAAGGUGACGAGAGUCAUUCACAUUGUCGCAGUAGUUCACAGAAUAAUCUUGAUGCCAGUGAUGAUUAUAACUUGGUUAAAAGUCGUAGUAAUAAUAGUGAGAUGCGAAACUGUGGUACAAGCUUGCAUGCAGAGUGUCCAGAGAGGACUAGUUUACCAAGUGGAGGGGGUGGGACCUUAGGAGGGGUGAGUAGGCAAAUUGGGGUCCAGGAAGGGGAUGGAAAUCAAGAGAGGGGACAAGAGGGGGCCACAGGGACCUCAUGGCAGCAGGACAGCAGGGCUAAGCCCAAAGAAACACUGGCACAUUAUCAGGAUAUGUCGCCAAUUACAAUCUAG